AUGGCUCCCUCUGCAACGGAUAUCCUGCCCGAGGCCAGCAGGGCCUCUAACAAGGACCUCACUCUGUCCAAGCAAACCUCGCAUUAUGUCGACUUAUGGUCUAAGCAUGUGGCCGUCGAGAGUGCCCAAGACCACAUCAUCACCGACGUAGAUGGGAAGAAGUACAUCGACUUCAUCUCUCAAUUCGCCGUCAUGAACUUUGGCUAUUCACACCCAAAGAUCGCCAAAGCUGCCGCUGAGCAAAUUCAAAAGAUGCCGCUCGUCGGCACCGCCUACAUCAGCCCUCUCGGUUCUGAAGCUGUCGAGUCCGCUGUCAAGAUCGCUCGCAAGUGGGCUUAUACCAAGAAGGGUAUCUCGGAGGGUGAAGCCUGGAUCCUCACCACUGAUCAGUGUUAUCACGGAUUGACGCUAGCAACCAUGCCUCUUGCUACCGUCGUUGCAAAGAACUUUGGACAACACGUUCCCAAUGUCGGUCCAUAUGCGCCAACGAGUGGAAAGCUGAUUCAGUACGGGGAUGUGGAAGUGCUGGAAGAAACUUUCAAGCAAGACGGCCACAAGGUUGCAGCUUUCCUAGUCGAGGCUGUCCAAGGUUGGGCUGGUACCCGCUUCCCACCAAAGGGAUAUCUCAAGGCUGUGCAGGAUCUCUGCAACAAGUACAACAUCCUCUUUAUCUGCGACGAGAUCCAGUCUGGUUAUGGACGAACUGGAAGGGACUUGGCUUACCAGCACGAGGAAGGUGUCCAUCCAGAUCUGGUCACGCUUGGAAAGGCUGUAACUGGAGGAUUUUACCCCAUGUCCGUCAUUAUGGGCAAGAAAGACGUGAUGGAUGUCCUUGGGAAGAACGAGGUCCUCUCAACCUUUGGCGCAGCCCCUGUCGCGUGCGCUGCAGCCAUAGCUUCUCUUGAAGUUCUCGAGGAAGAAAAGAUCUCGGAGCGCUCUCAACGCCUAGGGGAACUACUAUCCAAGACAGUCAAGAAGUUGUCGCCCCCUCACGUCAAGGAACUUCGAGGAGGUGCCCUCUUUCAGUCUCUUGUUCUGGACGAGUCUGUCCCUGGCGUCACCGCUCGACGGGUUGCUGCUCUGGCAGCGCUCAGGGGCGUUUUGGUGGGCAUUGGAGCUGGCCGUCUACGUUUCAGCCCGCCAAUCACUAUUACUGAGGAAGAUCUUGUCAAGGCUAUUGAGAUUGUCGUGCAGGCAUUGAAGGAUGUUACUACCUUGGGAGACUUCCCUGGCAGCGACUUUCUCAACUAG